AAUUUCAGUUCAAGAAGUGAUACAGUCUUUUGUGGUGUGUUUGAUGGUCAUGGUCCUUAUGGUCAUAUGGUUGCAAAAAAAGUUCGAGAUUCCCUUCCUGUUCUGCUGUGCUCUCAGUGGAAAGCUAAUUCCAAAAGUGACCGAAGUGAGAAUGGAAAUGCUACCAAAAGUUCAAAUUUUGAGGAAUGCGUGGAUGACGAUUGGUGUGCAUCUUUGGAGGUUGAGGAGAAUGAAAAAGUCCCUGAAAUGUACCUGCCACUAAAACAAUCAAUGUUAAAGGCUUUCAAACUGAUGGAUAAGGAAUUAAAGUUCCAUUCAGCAAUUGACUGUUUCUGCAGUGGAACAACUGCUGUUGCUUUGGUAAAGCAGGGUCAGGAUCUUAUAAUUGGAAAUGUUGGAGACUCGAGAGCAGUACUGGCUACAAGGGAUAAAGAUAAUGCUUUGACUGCUAUACAGUUGACUGUUGACUUGAAACCUAAUCUUCCAAGGGAAGCUGCUAGGAUCCAGCAGUGCAAGGGAAGGGUCUUCGCAUUGCAAGAUGAGCCGGAGGUUGCCCGUGUGUGGUUGCCUAAUAGUGACUCACCUGGUUUGGCCAUGGCUAGAGCUUUUGGAGACUUCUGUCUAAAGGAUUUUGGUUUGAUAUCUGUCCCAGACAUUUAUUACCACCGCCUUACAGAGAGAGAUGAAUUCAUUAUUUUAGCCAGCGAUGGGGUUUGGGAUGUCCUCUCGAACAAGGAAGCUGUAGAUAUAGUUGCCUCAGCACCAGGUUGUGUAACAGCAGCUAGAGCUCUUGUUGACUGUGCUACUCGAGCAUGGAGGCUCAAAUACCCCACAUCCAAGAAUGAUGAUUGCGCUGUUGUAUGCCUUUUUCUAGAACACGUGCCAGUACCCGAUGCAGCUCCAGCAGAGAAUGAUUUGACAAAGGAUACUGAGACGGUGCUAAAGAUAAUCUCUGUGACAAAUGAGGACACCAGGAAUUCAGCUAUUGGUGGUGGUGUUUCAGCUUCUGAUGCUUCUAUUAUUGAGGAAUCGGGUACUUUCAAAGACUCUGGUGAGAUUGUUCCUGUUCUUGAGUCAAACGAGGAAAAGCUUCCUGAAAAGUGCCUGGGCCAAUCUAGGAGAAGCCUAGCCGAGUGCCUUUCAACUGGGGAAGACGAGGAAUGGUCUGCCCUUGAAGGUAUUACAAGGGUUAAUAGUCUGCUAAGUAUUCCCAGGUUUUUUUCUGCCGAUAAAAGAUCAGGUAGUUGGAGAAAGUGGUUAUAA